CACGGACGCAGUAGCAAGUCUACCCGCGAUACAGAAGCACACGUCAUCCCCUCCCAUCCCCGUCGAGUUGGGCCACGCCGCGAAGCGAAACAAGCCACCGGCCGCGCCCCGUCGCCGCAGGCCUAGGGUUUCGAUGGAGGCGGGCUCCUCGUCCACGUCACCUGCGGCUGCGGCGGCGAGCCGGAGGGUGCCGGAGGAGCUGAAGCUGCGGCGGAAGACGCUGGAAACGGUGCUGGAGCAGUGCCAGCGCGCGCUCGAGAUGAUGCGCGAGGACGGUCUGGGGGAGGCCGCGGAGGAGGGGGAGAAUCCGAAGGAGGAGGUGAAGGAGGAGGAGGGGUGCGGCGUUGCUGACGGCGACGGCUGCGGUGACGAGGGGGCGGAGCCGCCGCCCCCGUCGGACGCCGACUACGAGACGGACGAGCUAUGUGAUCUUCUCAAAUCAAGGGUUCAAUCGCCUGAAUUUCUCGAGAAGCUAGAUAACAUUCAUAAAUCAGUAUAUCAACAUGGUGCAGUAGAUGAAACUGUAUCUUGGGAUAUUAUAAGUGCAACAGAUAUAUGGGAUGAUAAGAGUAUGAAUGUGAGUGAUGAUUCAGAGGAUGGAUAUGUUCUUGUUAAGCAAGAGGACAUAGUUGAUGGGAUUGCAUGCUUUAUGGCUGCAUACUUGCUAUCACUGAAAGAAACUAAGGACUUGACGCCCAAUCAACUUCAACAAGCUCUUAGCAAGACAUUUUCAGCUAAGAAGAGGAAAAGCAAGCUUCGGAAGGCAUGGGAUGGAACAAAAGUUGUUUACAAUGUAGCAUCAUGGAGUGCCACAGCUAUUGGUAUCUACCAGAAUCCAGCGAUUAUACAAGCAGCAACUGCAGCCUUUUGGACAUCCUGUCGUGUAAUAUCCAAGUUUCUGUGAAUAGUCCAUGGGCUUGAUGGUGCAAACUUGCACACAUUGUGUGGCUGCUGCAACGGCAAAAACUUCCCUGUGUUUCCAAAGAUCCAAGGGAAGCAUUGUUGCCAAACGUUGUGGUACACUACAUUAUGAUGUAAAAAUCCCCCCACCUGCAAAUUCGUUGGUUGCCUUUAACAGUUAGAUCAUGCGUCAGAAGAUAUCUGCUUAAGCCACAAAGCACAUCAGUGGCUGGUUGAACGCACCUUCCUGUGUUAUUAUUUGUAUCCGACUUCCAGCCAUUAAUGUUUCCUUGUACAUAAGCCCAUCGGUUGCGUACCAGCCAUCCUGCUAAACAUUGGUGUAUCAGUGUGACUGUAAAUAUCUCGAUUCGUUUGUAAUUGAAUAAAUUCGCGCGCGUGUGAUUCCCUUCU